CUGCUGGGAGUUUGAGGGUCUAACCGUCAAGCCAACGAUGCCUAAUAGUAAUAGUAAUAUGGAGAUUGAUUAUUUUCUUUAUAAAGGACAAAGGCCACCAUGAGUUCUACAAGUAACCGGUACCCCGGAGAGGUAGACGAGGCGUACCCCGCCCCUUUCAUCGACGCUCCUUCCCCAGUGACCACGAGCAAGCCAGGACAACUGCCACACAGCGAGAUACAACGCUUCUUCAAAGAGGGUUACAUCGUGGUCAAGGAUUUCUUCAGUCCGGCCGAGCUGGACCCAUGCCGGGAGGACAUCGCCCUGAUGGUGGACCAGCUCGCUCACAAGUUGUACGACGCCGGGAAAGUGAAAAGUCUGUAUGAAGAGUUCGGCCUGUUCCAGCGCUUGACCAAGCUGGAAGAAGACUUUACAGGCGCUAAUGUACUGCUCUUUAAGUACCAGAAAAUGCCACUGUCUUUCCAACGCCUGUGGAGUAACCCACGUCUGCUCAACCUGAUGGAACAGAUCCUGGGGCCGGAGGUGGCGGGUCACCCGACCUGGAACCUCCGCACCAAGACACCCCGGAGUGAGGCCGUCAACAUUCCCUGGCACCAAGACAGCGCCUACAUGUCCAACGACUCCUACGAUCACAUGAUCGCCACAGCCUGGAUUCCCUUCCUGGACGCCACACCGGAGAACGGCUGUAUGCAGAUGGCCAGAUACGGACAUCGCACUGGAAAAGUUGCCACCCAUGAAUGUUGCGCCGGCCCUACCUGGUAUAUCAUGCUGAAGGAGGAGAACAUGAGAGACACACUUGGUGUGGACCUGGUGGAGGACGUGAAGACAGAGCCGGUUCCUUAUGGAGGAUUCAUCCUCUUUAACAACCUGAUUCCUCAUAGAAG